AUGGAAUUGUUACCAGAUCAAGCGGAGAAGCUUCGGCAGUUCCAGGAGGUGACUAAUGUAGCGGAACGCGAUUUGGCUGCGGCCAGACUGGAGUCCGUGGGUUGGAACUUAGAGCAAGCCAUAGAAUCGUAUCUGUGUGGAGAUGGAGUCCUUGGACCUGAUGUCGAGGUACUGCCUCCACCUGCGAAGAAUCACCGACGAGAGUUAUCGGAAUUUGGCGAAGCCAGUGUUGAUGAAGAUGAUAUGGAAGUGAUGGGAAUUCUGAAUAACCGUAGGUAUCAUCGACGUGCUGGACGGCAAACAUCCGUUGAACUAGAUGGAGAUGACACUACUGUUGUCGACAUGGAAUUAUCUCGUCCCUCGUCAUCUGUUGUGCCAUCUCAUCGUCCUCGAAAUGGGUACACAAUGCAUAGAGAAUUUAUGUUAUCGGAUGACGAUGAUACGUAUCCAAUUAACGAACCUGAUGACAUCGAUUGUAACGAGCAUAACUCUGUACGAGGCGGCUGUUCUAAUUCUAGUUUGCCUUUAAUCCCAACAGAAUGUGGAAGCGUCACCGAAGCCCUUCAAAAUUUUGUGGUGGUAUUUGAAUCAAGGUUUUCUGGUGUAGGCUGCCAUAUUCCGUCUUUCUUCACUGGAUCACUGCCUGAAGCCAUAAGAGAGGCUUUCGAAACACCAGGAGGUGUCUCAGAACGUCGUCCACUAGCGCUGUAUAUCCAUCAUGAUCGCAGUAUUGCCGCGAAUAUUUUUCCGUCAAAAGUUUUGUGCAGUGAUGCAGUGAGCAACUUACUGAGAUGUCAGUACAUCUUGUGGCCGUGGGAUGUUACUCAUAGGGAGAACGAAUUAAAGCUUCUGCAAUGGUUGGAGUUGGUUGGGAUGUCUGACAUUCGUCGCUCACUUGAUUCUGUGAUUUAUGACAAGGAGAAAUUCCCUCUACUUGUAAUUAUUACAAAGGAUCAUGGUUUAUACAAUAUCAGUGAUAUCUGUUAUGGUAUGGAUAGUGCAGAUAUCGUCAUGGAGAAACUAAUGGCUGGUAUAGACAUAUACACAUCUAUUCGAAACAAUGAGAAGGCGGAAGAGGCAGCACGUUUAGAGAGGGAGCGUAUUCGACAAGAGCAAGCACAUGAGAGUAAGAGUUGUAGGAAAUUUUUUCUUGAACGGCAUGUUCAGUAUCAGUCAUUGAUGCGUAUACUUACCUUACUGCUUAAACGUCAAUUGUUGGCAAGCCAGUUGCCAGAUGAACCUGCUUUAGAUGAAAGAAAUACUCUAAUGGUAAAGUUCCGCUUGCCAGGAAGUGACCAAGUUGUGCGUCGCUUCCGUUUGUCAGAAAAGUUAUCUGUGUUGAUACAGUUCCUUGCCGCAAAAGGUUUUUCAGUCAGGGACUAUCGUUUCUUCAAUUCAGACUUUCCCAAAAAAGAUGUCACCACGUUGGACGAGUCAAAGACAUUUUCGGAACUGAACUGGCCCGUCCGCGAGCAGAUUUUUAUCGAAGAGCGUUGA